AUGGUUGCAUCAGAAAUAAUCGGUGGUUCACCCGACGGAGAUAAACAUAUUUGUUAUGACGAGGUUCGACCUGCACCCAGGGUAAAACGAGAAGCGUCUGAUAGUUAUACUAAAAACCAAGGCACAGUCAAAUUAUUCAUCUUUAACGACCAUCCUGACAAUAGUCGAGUGUAUUCCUAUGACGAAAUUAAACCAAAACCAAGAGUUAAAGAUGAAGCAGCUGAAAAUUACCAGAAAAACAAAGGAAGCAUUCAAGACAGUGUUUUUAAAAACGAGCAAUGUUGUAUCCAAACUCAGAAAGAUGAGAAACGCACCCCAACACCACGGUGUCCUACCAGAGAAUCUAAGGAAAAUUAUAAUCUAAACAGAAAUGGCUCUAUCAAGUUUGAGGAGAUGUAUACAGAUGCACCUCAGCGUCCAAAGACCACUCCAUCACCACGAGUUAGACCAGAAGCUUCCAAUAUUGCCCGUCUUAGCUCCGGUGGACGCAUGAGAUCAAUAGUCAACGACUUUGGUCAGUACCGACCCUCUCCCAAAUCACAGAGAGUUAAAUCUGAGGGAAAGGAUAUGAGCAAUCUCUCUAAAGGUGUGAGAAUGAAUUUGAUAUUUUCUAAAUAUGGACAGGAUAACAAUAAUAAGGCUGUACCAAGGGUCAAAGGUCCAGCCACAAACAAUGCAGAAUUGGCUAAAGGUAAAAGAAUGAGUGAAAUAUUAAGCAGUCGAGGAACUGAUCAGGUGGACUACCAAACAACACCAAGAGUCAAAAAAGAAGCCUUUAAGAAUGCUGCGAUUGGUAAAGGAACUCGUAUGCAGAAGAUCUUAACAUCGGUUGAACCUGAUGAUCCACGCCCCUCACCAAGGGUCAAGAAAGAGGCUCAAAACAUUGCUAACAUGGAUAGAGGAAACAGAUUGUCUACCAUGCUACGUGAUGCUAAUGGUCUACCAGAUUCACCCAAACAAACCAGGGGAGUACGUUCAGCUGAAGCUAAAAGAAUCCAGGAUUAUGGGCGAGGUCAUGUUGGACAAACAUUGAGUGGUGAAGAAAAGCAUGACUAUAUUGUAUUUAAACCUGGACUCGUAAGUCCUCAUUUUGACAUCGCCCCAGCAUACUAA